GAGUGUAGAUAUAAAGUUAGCAUCCAUCAUUUCACUCAAAGAGUAGAUCUUUUGCUUCUCUUUCCGCAAACACUAUCAUGCGAGUCCUUGGUGCCUUUGGAUUGCUGGUGACAUGGGUUACACUGGGAGAAGCCUGGUGGAUAUUCACAUCGAACGACAGAGCUGUCUAUCCUCAUGCAGAGGUGACUGACUCCUGCUUGCAGAUGGCGAGGAAUGGCUCAUGUGGGUUCUACAGCUGCCUGGAGAGUCGCUUCCCUUGCUCGCCUCACUCGUUCGCUCUGGAGCACGGCCAGCGUUACUGUCACAGAUUUGAACAGCAUCUAGCCGAUUUUACACCAAACGGUCGAGAAUGGGUUAUAGCCGCCAAGAAAUGUCAGACACGGUUUCUACUGGAGAGGUACCAGCACGAUGUGGCCAACUGUCAUACGUUAAACCGUGUCGGAUGGGACCGAAUGUCCGACUGCUACCUGUGGGAAGGCUUUUGCAGAAUCUCCUGGGAAAACAAAGACGCCCUCUGGCAGGUAUUUCAGGCCAGGGAUUUGCUACACACAACACGAAUUUGGCGGGAACUUCUCCAGCUGACCAGGAGUUGUAGUGGCUACAAUAUACAUAGAUUCCUCGAAUGGGUAAUGAAUAAAAUAAACUAUCUUCGUGGUUAAAUCUAUUUGUUUACAGUCCAGUCUGUAAAUUGUUGAAUAAACUAAUUCCUUAGUGUGAUUUUUCUUCUACGA